CCCCCUGACCUCUGGAUCCAUGACAACAUGGAGAUGAAGAACAUUGACAAAGGUCAGAGAAGCGAGUCGACCUUGACAAUGAGCACAACGCGCCGGAGUUCUAACGAUUACAGGUCGAUGGAUGAUCUUCCACCUUACCAUGAGGAGAGAAAUGAGAUGUAUUAUCAUCCCCCAUCUGAUCAUGAGGAGCGGGAGAGGUUCCUGCCCCCCAGACAACCCAACCCCGGGAUAAUCCGCCCCAAGGCCACCAAACCUCUCAUGAUCUCUGUUGAUGCUCAGCCACCACCCAGGGAACCUAUAGCCAUGGUGACGGCUCUACCUAACGGAGCACUGAACAUGGAUCGCGGUGAGGCGGGGAUGUUAUCACGGCCGGGAUUCCCUCGGACCCAGUACAACAUGCAGUACACCAGUGGAGGGGGACCGAGGGUCAAUGCGGGGGAUCUACCUCAACCCCCACCAAUUCAAGCAUUUCCUGUAGAGUAUGCAUACAAACGUCCCGCUUUUGAUGAUGACGAUAGCUCCAGCUUACACAGUUGUCAUGACGACCAUUCCUUUUCCAGUAGAUCCAUUGGCUAUGGCCAGAGGCCCCCUGACUGUCACUCCUUGGGUCAAGGUCAGCCUAUGGCUGUCAUAGCACCCGGACAACACGAGUUUGAGGGUUACCGAAGUCUGCCCCGAGGGAAUCGACCAAUGAGAAGCUUUACAUCCCCGAACCCCCAUAAUUACCCCAAACCAUUGUCAGGGGUUCAUCACCAUAGCACCCCAAAACAUCAGAUAGUAAAACCACAGCAAUCUCCAUAUAAGAAGGCAGGGCCACCAUUAUCAGCUGUACCCGUAAAACCCCGUGCCAUACCCGUCAUAAAACCAAAGGCUCCAGACGUCGUACUGAAAGCAGGGGCCGACCCAGACAUUCAGAAAUCAGAGAGCACAGAAGAACUCUCUGCUGAAAUGGCAAACCUGGAUUGUUUAAUGAAAGACUUGAACGCCAUUACUCAGCAGAACUUUGAAGUGUAGCCUUGUUCUUAGUCAGCUAAUGUAGUCUACUGUUAUAUAAACCCAGAAAAUUCUUCAAUCCCAGGAAACGAAAUAUUCUUAGUAUAAUACAGGAAAACCUGGGUGAAGAUUCUACUACAAGAUUUUGUGGAUUAAGGUGUCACCCUUGUACAAUUGUACUGGUGGGAGAAAGUGAUGUUAAAUAAACGUCUUUGGGCAUCUAUUUGGAACUCUCCACUU